GAGAAGCAGAUUAUUCUGAAGACGGAUCUCAGACUGAACACAUCAUGAAGAUCUGGAUCGCUCUGCUUCUGCUCAUCACACACACUCAGGCUCAGAGCAAUGUGGGACCAACACAAACACCACCACCAACACCACCACCAACAACAACAACAACCACCAUAAGUACAUCCACAGCCAAUGCCAAAACAGAUACGACUGCAGAAACUACUACAACUACUGUAGCCCCGACUACAGAAACCACUACGACCAUCAGCCCACACACUGCAAGCGCAACCACAGUCCAACACGAGAGUUCAACAACUGGUGCAAACACCUUGACCAGCACAGGCGCUCCAGACACAAAUACUCCAACUAAAGCAGAGCAUCCAACAACCAGUCCAGAAACUCACACUCCAGCAAACACAACAACAACAAACACCACAACAACAACAAACACAAACAUAACAACCACAAACACAAACACAAACACAACAACAACCACAAACACAACAACAACAACAAAGCCCUCCACAGCUCCAUCAUCUGCAAGCAGUACCAAAACCAACCCAGCAGAGAAAACCACCAGCACCUCCACCUUCAGCACUGUGAAGACCACCUCCUCCAGCGGGUCCCUGAGAGCCUCCGUCAGCUUCAGUGUGGGUGCAUUACUGUUCCUGCUGAAGACCCUCUGACACACUCAUGGAGAACUACUUUUGCUAUUAUUUUCAACUGCUUGUAAUAAAUGAUGCCAUCAGAUUACACAGAUACAGCUCAUUAAACAUCACCUAUACGCUAUACAGCUGCAGAUUAACUGUUUAAUUAGAAUAACUCAUGCUUGAUUGUGACUUGAACUUAAUCUGAUUGCAAUGCAAUAGUGUGCACAUUUGUAAAGCUGCUUUGAUACAAUAAUCAUUGUGAAUAAUUAUAAACUUUGUGAUUAUUUCUGCCUCAGAAAAUGCACAUUUUAAUGCACAGAAAAGGGAUUAAAGUAACUCUCUGUAUUGAUAUGAUAAGAGUCUCACAGCUCUACUUUGAUGCUUGAAACCACUAUAAAACAUUCACGCCUCAAUCACUGGCAUUAGCUUUGCACAUACAUAUUAAUCAUGUCCAUGUGUACACUUCUGUUUGAUUAAAUGUUAUCAUGUAGACACAUUUACAAAUAUUGCAUAUAAAUUGCCUUGACUGAAAGUGCUUGAUGCAUCAUGUCAGCAUUGAAUAUCUGAAAUACAACAAUGGUGUAAAGGAAACAUCUGAAAACAAUAAAAAAAAGCACUCUCUUCU